AAACUGUCAGGGGGAGAUGGCUGCUGAAUCACUCGAUUAUGGAGCAUCCGCAGCUGUGGUGAUCACUCGAUCAUUCUCCCCCUGCGUUUCGUAAUUGAAUCUUUCAGCCGUUUGGACCGAUGGCUCGUCUGUCAGGGCUCAUCCUCGUUAUAGCGUUCUCCGCGUCCUUCUUCGCGGCCUUCAACUUCGUUACUAUGCUUCUAGACAAUUCUCCGACUGUAGUCUCUCACCGUCGAUCCCUCCGUCACCCCCUCAAUGAAAUAUAUUCUGACAACGCCAGGCAAGCUUCCGUUUCUCGUCAAAUCAGCAUCAGACCUGACGGCCGCGGUUCUACGUCACCGUCAGAACUGCCGGUUGCCCGUCGGCCAGCCGACACAGCAAACGGCAAGCGGUCAAUCCGACGAGAGGGGCCGCUGCGACCGUUCCACGCGGCGAUGACGUGCGACAGCUCGGGUUACAGCAAGUGGCAGUCGCGAGUGAUGUACUUCUACUAUAAGAAGUGGCGGGCGGAGCCGGGCGGCGAGGAGAUGGGUGGAUUCACGCGCGUGCUGCACACUGGGAAGGAAGACGAGCUCAUGGGGGAGAUCCCCACCUUCGUCGUCAACCCGCUGCCGCCGCAACAACAAACGGUGCCACGGGGACUAUGUAGUGCUCAAUCGCCCCUACGCCUUCGUGCAGUGGAUUCAGCAGGCCACCUUCCCUGAAGACUACGUGUGGAUGGCAGAGCCAGACCAUUUGAUUCUGCGGCCCAUUCCCAACCUCUCAGUGGGAGACAUGCCAUCCGCCUUCCCCUUCGACUACAUCGAACCUGCAAAGAAUAAAGAGGCGCUGCACCGAUGGUUCCCUCCUGAGAAGGGCCCCAUCAACAAGAUCGAACCCAUUGGCAACUCACCAGUCAUCAUCCAUAAGAAUCUACUGCGCCGCCUGGCCCCGCUGUGGCACAACGUGACUCUCGAGAUGAAGGCGGAUGAGGCGGCUGACAAAGCCUUUGGAUGGGUGCUGGAAAUGUACGGCUAUGCCACGUCAGCGGCCCUGUUGGGGAUACAGCACACUCUACACCGCAUGUGGAUGAUUCAGCCUCCAUGGGACACUGAGCCUGGGGACUCGUACCUCAUCCACUACACAUACGGCUGUGAUUUUGACCUCAAUGGCAAGAUUACUCCAGGGGUGGUCGGUCCAUGGCACUUUGACAAGAGGGACUUCAACACGGCACCACCUCGCAACCUCUCACUCCCACCCCAAGGGGCUGCCCCCUCCGUUUUCCGACUGGUUUCCAUGAUUAACGAUGCAACAUGGAGCAUUCCCGAUUGGAGGGCGGGAGCUCCUUAGGUGGAUUUAUUAUCAGACCAGACCAAGGUUUUCCGGUGGACAUGUUUGUUUAUACUUGUUUUAACCACCUUAUUGCACUAUUCAUGGGAACAUAAUGUGUAUCUGAUAGCGUUGCUUGCUUUGGCUUGUGCCCAGUAACAGCCACUAGCAGAAUUUCUGAUGAAAAACAG